AUGUCUAUCUUGGAUGAGUGUCGGCGGAACUUCAAGACGGAGCUGCGUCGAUUCGCGGCGCUGUACGCCGGCACGGCGGAUCAGGCCGACAUCCACCGGCAACGCGGCAAGCUGCAUCAGCUCCUCGCCGAUGUGCGCCGCAGCGCAGUUGCUGUGGGAUUCACGACCACAGCUGCUGCCGCUGGGGGUCUCGCGGCUGCCCCUUCCCCUGCGUCAAGCAUGACUGGUGAGAGCGCGCAACGGAAUAUCAUGAAGGGGACGGCGAAGCGCGUGGCCGCGGCGCGGCGCUUCUCACACGCCGCGUUGACGUCGAGCACGCUUUCCUCCGUGCAGCAGCACACCGCGACGCUGCCACCGCGUAGCUCCAUUGCGGCGCUCAGCAGCGAACGACACGACGCCACACCGUCGCCCACCUUGCGCCGCGACCCGCGGCCACUUGACCCGGACGCUGCAGUUGUCUUCGCAGAGGAGUGCGUCACCGCCGCACAGUUUCUAUUGGGGAAGGGUCUGUACAGCGAGGCGACGGAGGUGUGCCUCGAGGUUCUGGAGAGGGACGUGCAGCUGACGCUGCGCGAGGCCGCCGCUCAUGUGGAGGAGCAGCGACGCGACACUGCUGUGGAGCCGCAGCUGCUGCUGCCGCAUUUCGACAGCGACGAACGUCGUACGGCACCACGAGCCGCCGUGCCUGCCGCGCAGGCAAGCACGGAGAUUCUGAAGCGAGCUUGGCGAGUGGUGGCACUGUACGAUGUGCUGCGGCACACGUGCCACUUCCACGCCGCGCUGCAUGAGAGCGAGCGGACGGAGGAGCGGCCCGGCGUGGGGCGACGCGCAGCAGCGGCGCACCUGGAGACAGUGACUGAGCGCCUAAUGGCCGUAGCCGCUGUGGACGCGGACGGCAGCUACGACAUUCUCUUCAAUGGCACCGUGACGGUGUACGAGAUGUGCCUCGGUAUGCUGCGCCGCGCCGCCGAUGGGGCGGAGGAUACGCUGCCGCAGAUUGUGCGGCAUGUGGCGUUGUGUCUGGAGAUGUGCGAGACCGCGACACUGAAGCUGGCGACAGUGCGGUACCUUCCAUGGCGUCUGCGCUUGUACGACCUUCUCGCCACGUGCUACGAGCAGCGCGGCAUGUACGCGGAGGCGCUGCUGGUGGCACAGCGGGCCGCACGGAAGGUGCGUGAGCUUGUCGAUCUUGAGCAUCUUGACCCUGUGCCGCCGUCACCGGUCUGCCAGGAUGUCAUGCUGCGCGCAUUGGACCAUGUGCUGCUCAACGUGAUGCGGUACACGUGGUGCGCGAACGGCACGGUGGGCAACGCCACCGGAGGAAGUGGAGGAGGGGCGGGCGAUGGUGUGCCACAGUUGAAGCAGUCCCCCUCGCUGACAGCCGCGCAGGCGCCGGGCCAGCAGGAGCCGUCCAUGGGCGGGAUGCCGCGAAACGGCCUUGACAUGAUCGACCGUGCGUGGCAGAUGCUGCUCAAGGUGGAGCUUCCCAAGCCGAACAAGGCCGCCGCACCUGCGACCACUACNCCGAAGCGUGAAAACAAAGGGAAGGACGCUGCGAAACAGCAGCAACAGCAAGUAGAUGCGGUAAAUAGGGAAAUGGUAGCGGAACGUGUGCAGGGGGCGCUGUUGCGUUUCUUGCUUUCCUUCACAACAGCGCCGUCGCCUCCUCCUGCCGCAACUGCAGGAACAAGAAGUAGCGCUGGGCAUCAGUCUCACCAGCAGCAGCAGCAGCAGCAGUACCGCCCCUCGGCUCGCGCAUCAGCAUCCUGCUCAAUAGGGCUUCUCCGUGCGUGGGCCGUUGAGGCGCUGGAGUUCCUCGUGCAGCAGGCUGUGUGCGCGUACGUGGAGGCGAACCCCACCAUCACGGCGCAGGGUCCGCCAGAGGAGUUCGCCGAGGCGGACCUAGUGUCCCACUAUCAGUUGCUCCAGGAGAAGCGCGCAUUGGCCUCCGUGAACGUGGCGAGUGGCCGCAAGAAGAGCGUCGGGUCGCGGCGGCCGAACCGCUCGCAGCCUACCGUGCAGCUCAGCAUCUCUGCGACGGAGGACGAGGCGUUUCUGGGGAGCAUCAGGCUGGAGGGGCUGCUGCUGGGCCUCGCGCCGGCCAAGGCGCCCGUCCCCGUCGCCUGGGAGGGCGGCGAGACGAGCGUCAGCAUUGGCUCGCGCCACGGGGGCGNGAUGGGCGAGGAGGGCCUGCUGCUGUUGCUGUUGCUGCACCGCGUGCUGUGUGCUGGGCAGGACCCGAGACUGUACGGCCGCCUCUGCACCUGCACUGUGGCCUGUCUGCAGCAGUGGCGCAUCGAAGAGGAGGAGGGAAAACGCGGUAACUUGACGCAGGGCGCCAGCAGCAAGAAAAACACGGCGCAGGUGCCAUUGACGUCGUCGUCGCCGACAGCGCAGGUGGCGUCACAGACAAUAAAGAAGGCCUCGUACAUGCGGCUUCUGGAAACCGUUUGCGUCUCAGUGCACCUGCUGCAGCGGAUGCGUCGUGCAGGCGUGGAGGAGACGGUGCGCAUCGGUGACCUCGCGGGCAUCGCGCAAGAACUGAAGCGACUCGCGGAGCUGUACAUCGGCCCCACCGCGGUGUCUGUCACGUGCGGAACUCAGCAGCAACAGCAACAGCAGCAAAGUAAGAAGGAAACUGUGCUGCCUGGUACACACCAGCAGAAGAAUCAUCAGCAACAGAUAUCGCCGCCACUGCAACAACGAUUAGGAGCAACCAUGUCGAUUGCCAACAGUUUCGCUGCGGUUUACCAGAAACUUAUGGAGGAGAGUGCCAACUUUCUACACCAGCGCGUGCUGGCGUUUGCACCAGUCUCUGCGCAGUCUUAUCCAGCCGCAGUGGCAGAAGCCUCGACUACAUCCUCCACAUUUGGUGGAAUUACACAGUGUGAGCAGGAUCAGGAUUCGGUGGAUAUGUAUCAUAGCAUUAUGUGUGCAUGCUUGGAGGCGAAGGCGAACAGUGGUUUGACGGAUGCAGCCAGCAUCGGCCAACUCGUUCUCGCCUAUGCGCGGAAUGUCGAGGCGGAGGUGUCGACAAGCAACAGUGAUGGUGUGGGCUCUAGCAGCAGGAAGGACGCGACGACACGGUCGUUAUCCGGAGCAGCAACAGUAGCAACAGCGGCAGGCCAGGGAACGAACAAGACCCACGCUGGAAGUCUGCAGCGGUCACGUGUGCAGGGCGACACGAUGCACGCGCUGCGCAGGACGUGCGAUCGAGCCCGCAUGGCCCUCUCCGCCAUCCAGAUGGCACUUGGCUGCCUUGUACAGCAGCGUAGCCAUGUGUCAAAGCGGAGCGGUAUUGACGGCGCCAAAGCAGGCCCGACGUUCAGUGGCGCUGCGUUGCAAGAAACGACGCUAGAACGGCAACCAACAACAGCAUCAUCCUCCUCAGCAACCGCAGCAGCAGCAACAACAACAACAACGGGAAGAAUAGGGACACAGGAGGACUUUGACCGAGUUCGCCGCGAACAGGAACUGCGUGACACACGUACAGAGCUGACACGGUGGAUGGUGGAGCUGCGUUGGCACCAUGCCAUCCACCGGCAGCACUACGCCACGCUGGAGAAGCACCGCGCGGAUGUGAAGCUGCUGACAGAGCGGCAGGCAAACACCAAGGUGUAUGGCGCCACCACCGUGAAGGAGACGAAUGUGCUGGAGUCGCUUCUGCAGGCGGAACCGGCGGCCCCACGUGGCAACGCGGACGAGAUACGGCGGCUCCUAGCGUGGGCGCGCGACGAGGGCGAUGAUCUGCUGCAGGCCCUCGUGCUUGUGUGUCUCGCGCCACACCAGGCACAGCAUAAGGUGCAGCGCGAGAUGAUGGAGGAGACGUUCCACUUGCUGCAACGCUAUGAGAACCGCCGUAGGCCGAGGCAGUCAAUGCUGUCCUGCACAAAGCAGCAUCAGCAACAGGACAGCGCCUACUCAGCCCUUAUGAUUUGGUGCUAUGCCAUCACGGUGUGUGGCAAGUUGGGCUUUACGAAUAUGACGGAGAGUGCGAAGGAUGUCUUGUACGCAGCGUUCGCGAGUAAAAGAAGCAACAACAGUAGCAGCAACGACGGUGGUGGUGGUGGCGGCGAUGCGCAAACCAUGGAUGGGAAGCCGCGGAAUGAGAAUCCCGCAGAUGCUGCAGACACGGCGGGGACUGAUAAUGCGGAGACGACAGCCUCUCGCAGUUCUCCGCUUGCGGUUCACCCAAACGAGGAGAUAUUGUCUGUGUCUUCGGCGCUGCAGGUGCGUACACUUGUCUCGGCGCUGCUGUGGAUGUCAACGGUGGAGAUGCGCCGCUACCCAUACCAUAAGUUCGACGACGCCAGUCUCAUGCCCUUCACUGAGAAGAGUGUGAUGCUGGAGGUGCCAUUCCAGCAGCGGUACGGACUCGCCCACACGCAGUUGUGGCACAUGCGGAGCGCCUACCGCAUUCAGUUCGCCAUGGAACUCGCUGACCGUGUGCACGACAAUGAGCUGAUCCUGCAAUGCGCCUUUGAGCUCUUCAACGCACUGCUUCCAACCAUCUCUGACGAGAAUUACUGCUCACUUCUGCUGCAACCGUUUGCUACACUUUGCGGGGCGUUUUUGCAGCAACCGGCGUGUGUAUGGAGCAACGCCCAUGUGCAGCGGCUGGCCGUCCGCACACUCGAUGCGUUGUUCAAGACGCUGUGGAAGAUGGACGCUGCCGGCCCUCUUGCGGAGGUCACCUGCGCGGAUGCAGCAGGGGCACCCGACGGGGCCACCAGCACACUGGCGGUGAUGCCGGCGUCCAUUCAGGGGUGGUACGACCUGCUGUUGCGCGUCUUUCUGCAUGUAUGGGGGCAUGUGUACUACAACCCCAAUCCGCGGCAGCUUCGUUACCGGCAAAGCGUGCGUCAGGGCGCGAGCGAGGUGCAGCGCGUGCUGUGCACCGACCUGAACGGCGCGGAUGGUGCCGCUGCUGCUUCUGGCGGUGGUCUUGGUGGUGCCAACAGCAACACUCCCGCCAAUCGCGUGUCGGCGUCGAGGGCGGGUCGUGCAGCAAAGGCCGCCGCAGCGGCGGCGGCAGCAGCAGCAGCAGUGCGUGCGAGCGACGGUGUGGCGUCUGCGUUUCCGGGUGGUGCUUACGCUGUGGCAGACACAAUCCUCGAUGACUGCGUCCCUAUUGAGUACCUCGAGCUGCUGGCCGACAUUCUCUUCCUCCUGCCGUGCGGUGCCAUCACUGCCUCACGGAUGCACACCACGCGGCGUGAUAAGUCCCCCGACCGUGCGCAAGCAAUACCAACGUCUGCUGGUGGUCUGGUGGGCGUUCCCGCAUGGAUGCUCGAUGUGGCGCGUGCACUGAGCUCCAAGUCGCCGCAGGCGGCAUUUGAGCGGCUGCAGCAGGUCGCCGAUGACCCUCUCUAUGCCAAGGUCGCGGUCUGCAUUGUGGAGUAUCUCAUGCAGCAGGGCGAUACGACGACGGCACGGCGCGUGGCGACGGAGGUGCUGCAGACGAUUCAGAAGCUUCAUGCGGGGGUGCAGGAGUACCAGGACACGGUGAUGGAAAACAUGACGGCGUGGCUGCAGCGGGAGGGGUACGUUCUGGUGGGCCCCGUGCGACAGAGCAGAAAGACGGUGGUGGAGGAACCCGCUGUUAAGGGCGCGCGGCAUAGUAAACGAUCGGAAGCAAAGGAAGCAGCAGCAGCAGAAGGAGGGGAAGGGAAGCCGCACGACUUCGCCAGCACCGGUGGGAGGCAGUGGAGCCCCGCGGAGCAGCAGAUGCUGCGGCAGCUUACUCGCAGCUUUGCUUGGCUUCGUCGGCGGCGUGCGUUGCGCUGGCUCCGCGGCCGCAUCAUGCAAUUCACCGCGCCGUUUGAGGCGAAGUUGCAGCUUUACCUCGCGACGUGUGCGCAAAUGUCGCUGGAUCGUCGUCGACGGCAGGCGCAAGAGAGCGAACUGACGAGCGCAGCAGCAGCAGCAGGAGGAGGAGCGGCAGCAAGCCCCGUUGUUGCGCGGAACGGGGCGAAAUCCAGGGGGCGUGGAGAGGACGCAGCUGCUGCCGCCGCUGCUGCGAGGGAGGAGCAGCUGGCAGAGGAGAAGGAGGACGAAGAGCGCUUGGCGCAGCACGCUGCGCGUGCGGCAGUGCUUUUCAACCGCUGCGGAUUUCCCUCACGUGCAUUUGCGGCGGUCUCGCAGGCGGUUGACGGGCUGCGUGUGUUUGUGUGCGAGGAGCCGCCCGACAUGACGCUGUCAGAUGAGCAAAUACUGCAGUGCAGCAGCGGCGGCGGUGGUGGUGGUGGUGGCCAUGCAAGCGAGGGCGCGACGCAGCGGCUGGGUGAGAGUCGGCAGUUGUCGGUGGACUCCGUCGUCUCCUCGUGCCGCAACAUGGACCAGACGCAGAUGAUUGCGGUGAGUGACAAGCUGUGCGUGUGGGGCCCGCGUGUACUCCCGCUCGCGCGCGCGCUGUACGAGACGCUGCUGCUGCUGUGGCAAGGCUAUUUCGACAACCGCCGCGAUGUGGAGUUCCUGCAGCCUGCCGCCGUGAAAGUGGGGCGCAACGUGCUGCUGGAGGAGCAGCUGCACUUCCAGGGCCGUGUGCCAUCCCUGCAUGCCUACGCCUCGGCGCUGGGGCAGUACGAAGAGGCGCGCCUCAUCCACCUCGCAGAGGUGGAGCGCAGGCGGCUCGCGCGGUCGCUGGUUUGGCGCACGCGUGAAGUGGCCGCCGUGGAGCAGUGUGGCCGCGUCCACGUGCAGCUGCAAUGGCUGACGGCACUACAUGCGCUGCUCGACGAGUACGCCGCCGCGCUGCCGUUACUAGAGCCGCACAUUGCGGCAACGGAGCAGGCGGUUACUGUGGCUCAGCAGGAGGAGGAGAAGGCGCAGCGGCGGCUGCAUCAGUCGUCAGGGCCGGCGAAGGCGAAAAAAGUCGCGAAGGACGCCACAAACAAGGCAACAUGCGGGCCGGACCCCAUUCGCAUUGACAACGCUGACGCGCCUGUGAUGGUGGCGCGGCGGCUGGGUCCCGCACUGCCGGCGGAGAAGAUCAUAGAUAACUUUGUCUUCCUUCUGCAGUACAUGCAGUUCAACUGCCAGCUCGCGUCACUUGAGCUUGCUGUGGCGGUGCACAAGCUUACUGGUGGGCUCUUUGCCGCCGCACUGCUGCCCUUCACGCUGAGCCUGCAGCGCACCAUUGGCGCGCCGCGGAGCAGCGAACUAGUGGAGGAGUACGCACAGCUGCGCCGCGACGAGCCGAUGCACAAGGUCCUCGUGGGAAAUGCACGGCGCGUGUGGGAGCAGUACACAACAACGGAUGCCUACCGGCGCGCCAUGCAGCGACUUGCACGGACACUGAUGCCAUCGAAGCGUGUCGUUGCGGACGUCACCUCGGCAGCAGCAGCAGCUGUAGCUGCAGUGGGAGGCGGAGGAGGGGGAAAGAGCGGCUCGUUUGUUGAGUUGGACCGUUCUUCGGUUGCGAGCUGCGCGUCAAACUUGGCGCGUCUGACAGGGCGUGGUGGUGACGUUCCACGCGUAACACUGCGUGACGUUACUGCCUGCUUCGAGGCCGCCGCGACAGACCUGCGACAGCGGCGUCUCUUCGGCCCGCUUGCAGAGCAGUUGUACGAGCUCGGCCGCAUCCACCUGCUUCACCGUCAGCGUGCGGAGGCGGAGCGCUUCUGGUUGGAGGCAGUUGAUGCGGCGCUAGAGGUACCGGAGAGUCUGGAGCGGCCGCCCGACGCGUGGGCGGACUUCGCUGUUGACGCGAUUGGCCUUCCGCGCCUGCUACUAGCGGUGCUGUCGCUGAGCUCGCUUGCCAUGUACACGUGCCGUGAGCAGCAAGGACGGGCCGUCGACGCCUACCUGCUAGCUGCGGGUCUGCUGGAGCGCUUCUUCAUGCAGGGCACCACCAACAACUUCCCGAAAAACCUGCGCGACUUCAGUGGCUUUGUGCUGGAGGAUCUCAUUGUGCUGCCACACCUCAGCGAUUCGCUGCAGACGCUGAUGCCGCAGAUAGUGCAUCACAUGCUGUUUCUCGCGUGGGAGCUGCUCAAGUUCAAGUUUCCCUUGUAUGCCGCGAUGGUCGCCUCACUGACGGAGUACCUAGCGCGCAAACACACGCGCCACAUUGCUUUCACUGUUGAGGCACGACUCGUGCAGGCAAGUGCGGCGUCGCAAUUUGGGAGCCACAGGGCAGCGAUGAAGAUACUGCACGAUGUCUGCUACGGCGUUCGCAUUCCGUCAGGGGCGCUCGACAGCACAACGCUGCGUCUGCGUGCGGCGGUGGAGUGCGGUGAGGCCGUUAAGAUGGGAAAAGGCGGAAAACGCGGCGAGGGCGGGCUGGCCUCAUCCUCCCGCCAGAUAGACGGCCAGGGAGGGGACGCACAACAGACACAACUACAACAGCAGCAGCAGCAGCAUGCCAUUGACACUCUGUACGACGACAGUGAACUUCCAGUGAGCGCAGGCAAUGUGGCGUCCGUGCAGGCCUUCGUGUCUCAGUGUCUCUGCGGGGCCACGGGAGGAGAUGCAGCUGCAUCCGCGGCGCCGUCGUCUUCGACGUCCACCACUGCGAUCAGCGGCCUACACGAGGCGGUGGCCGCUGCGUACGGGUCACGCCUCUCACUGCGAGUGGAGCUCGCUGUGGUGGAAUCGCUCGUCGCGCUUGGGUCGAAGGAGGCGGCGUAUGUGUGGUGCGCGUUUGCGAUGCAUCCGCAAGCGGUGCCAGGUGAACGGCGUGGUGUCCGUUCGCGCAGUUUUCAGCGCAUGCCACUGCACAGCUUCUCUGCCUCUGCCUCCCUCGAGGCGCUGAAUUUGGCGGAGAUGAUUUUGCAAUCGCUGCUUCUGCGGGUGCAGGCGCGGCCUUCUUUGACCACAACUGAUGCCGCCGCCACCACCGUCAACAACAGCAUCAGCAGCAGCAGUGGCAGCAAGAAGAACCUGGCGCGGGAGAAGAGUGUGUCCCCAGCGUCCUCACCGGAGGAUGUGCAAGCGAAACGGAAUCGUGAGUUAGAAGAGACGUACGUGUGCUCCACCGCAGAGCUGCUGCUCGCCAAGAUAUUCACCGCUCGUGGAGAGUGUACCAAGGCGCUGGCGGCCCUUCAGUCACUUAUGACGAACUUCAAUGAACGCACCGGACCCGGUGCGUUCAGCUGCAGCAUUCCCAACGUUCCGUCAUACCUGUGGACUGUGACGACGCACACCUUCUGGUGCGAUGUGUAUGCGCUAAUGACGCUGAAUCACGUACGACUUCAGGAGUACGGAGCGGCACAGGAAGUGGUGAAUGACGCACUUGCACUGUGCGACCAGUGCGGGGAUGCGUACAGCGGCCGGGUGUUUUCGCUGUACAACGCCGCCCUUGCUGUGCGCGCGGGGGCCAUGCCCAAAGUUGCAGAGACGCUUCAGGCCCUGCAGCGUGUUCGGCAGUCGCUGCGCUGCGACAGCCGCGUCGAUAUGCUGCAUGCAUGGACCGUGGUGGCAACUGAGAUGCUGCGGCGCCAGUUGCAGGGCGGCAACAUGCAGCAGGAGCAGGAGGGCACCUCGUCGGCGGCUGAGCGCAUGGAGGAGGCGGUGUCUGCGUUGCGGGCGUAUUGCAAGAUGCACGGGUUGCGCCCCGACAACGCGACGCUCUUUCGUGCGGAGCAGAAGCCGCGCCCCCUCGUGGCGUGGAGCAUUGACGCUGUGUUUCUUCAUCGCGCACUGAACAUUCUUGCGGAAGAAUAUAUGGCUGCGGGCAAGCUGGAGCUCGCGGAGAAGGUGCUGCAGCAGGCCAUUUCGGGACUAGCGCCGCAGUACGACACUGCAGCGCAUCCCACGCUGCUCAUUGACAGUCGCUUCAUGCUGGCGCGCGUGCUGUGUCUCCUCACCCCCGCGCUGCUCGUUGAGCAGCAGAAAGCAGCAGCAAUGGAUGUGAGUGAUGCUGUACAGGCACCAGAGCCGUGCGAAGAGGACGUGCUGGCCGCACUCGACUCGCCACGACAGCAGCCGGUGCGUUUACUGUUGGACGUUGUGCAGCAUACUGUGGCCAGCGGUACGCACGACUACAACACUCUGCGACUUGCCCUGCUGUAUCUUGCGGUGCUGCUGUUGCGUGCGGGAAGGUCGUUCUACGUGAUGGCCGCGACCUGCGCCGUACUGGCGAAGCUUGUGGAGGACAUGCGGUUCCAUGUCUUUAGCGGGACAAGCGUCUUCUCCCUCUAUGGCGAGGAGGCCAUCAACCUGGGUGUGGACAUGAGCUUUUCUGAGAGCAUCAUUGCCGUCAUUCAGUCCACGCAGCGCGACUUGGGCCACGCCAGAAAGAAGGGCGGCACGGAUGCCAGUAACACCGCCACGCCUGUUCCCGGCAGCGUGACGCCCGAUUCACGACGCACGCCAUCCCGCAAUCGUGAAGAGCGAGAGAAGGCGCAGCCGAAGAAUAUGGUGCCUUUGUCCGUCGUCGUCGCCGCGUUUGCCGCCCUGCACAGGGAAAGUGCUCUUCAGUGCGUGUUUCCACCGCUGGAGUCGUUGGACCUCGAGACGGCGUUACGCCACCUUCGCGCGUAUCUGCAGGUGAAAACGGCCCCCCUAAGCUGCUGCUAUCUCUGGUACGAUGAGGCUACGAGGGAGACGCACAUUAAGCAGCAGCAGCAGCAACAACAACACGGACAGGGACAGGGACAGGGACGGCUUGGGGAAAGCACUCGUGGGGGGCGGGGCGCCGUUGCACCAACAGAAAUCGCGGGGGCGACGGUGUCGCUGCUACCCCCCAUUGUUAUAGAUGGGCUACCUCAUUUGUUUUCCUCCAACACACUUACGCAGCUUGGCGUGCCCAAGGCAAAUACGGUGAUCUGUCAGUCCUUUGUGCGCGAUGCCAAUGUGUCGCGCAACAAGGGGCCGAGCAGCUCUUUGACAACUGCUACAAUGAGACGUAAAAGUGGCGUGCCGUCGGCGGUCACGUCCAUCUCCGCUUUUCCCACCCCAGGGAUGCUGACAUGCGUCUUGUUUGUGUCGCCGGUUUACGACCCAAGUGUGGUGCAGCCGCCGACACACAACGAAAAGGUGCCUCAGAGCCAGGGCAAAAAAUCCCAUCGCACGUCUGGAAAAAAUACUGCGGCUUCCGAAGCCAAGACUGAUACCGACCCGACAUCCACUGCCCAUCCGUGGGGUGGGACGCAAUGCGUGGUGUUUGAGCUUCCCCUUGAUGAGGUGCAGACGCUGCAGGCGCAGGCCACGCAGACGCUGCAGCUUAUGCGGGGCUCGUCAACAUUGGUGACAUUAACAACACGAGCAGGAACAGGAGAUGCCGCCGGGGGAGAGAGUGAAGUCCCGGUUGGUGUCGCGCUGUCGCAGCAGCUCACUGAGGCGCUGGCAGUCCUGAACACCAAGUUGGCUCCGGCCAGCAGCAGCAAGAAGUUUUCGCGCGCCCCCGCCUCGGUGGAGUUCAUGUUCAACAACCCGCUGAAUGCGACCACCAACUCCUCCCCCACUCUGCGGCAGAGUACUACUACUGGCGGGAUGGAUUUAGUGACAGGUGCGGCCGACUUCACUGCAGCGGAUGGCGCUGCUGCUGCUGCUGAAGUGCCAGCGGUGGAUGAGGCGAAGUCCAAAUUGGUCAUUGGAUUUAUAGAGCUGCUUGUUCGGGCGGUUGUGCCUCGCGCCGUGACAGACGACGAACUGAUGGAGCGUAGUGUUCAGUCCCUCCUGCCCCGCUGUGCUGUGUCAGUGGAAGUGGUGCGUUUCCUCCAGUCAGUGAUUGAGACUGGUGCCGGUGGUGUUUCGCUCUUUCACCCAGGGAUUCACGAGUGGUUUGCCCGCGUGGCGGGGUUUGUGGCGGAGCACGUCUAA